AAAAUGUAGGAGAAAAUAAACGAAGAACUUUUCUAAGGUUAAUCAGCAACCUUUCUUUCUUAUUACCUAACAUAAUCGUUGCCUGAUCUUCUAAGGCUUAUUUAAGACCCUUCACAAGGCCUUAGAAGAUCUCUCCAAACCUACUCUAAUGUGGGGUAGGAAAAAGUAAAGAAUUUCCUAAAAUAGCACAAGAGGUACCUUUCAAGGAUGGGCCUAAUUACCUAGUAGCCUGAUGAUUUUUAAUCUUGGUUUGAGUUUCAGGAAAAAAAAGGAAUUGGGAAAAUCCUAAAAGAUACUCGGGAAAACAUAGAUAAACCAGGGGUGAAAUCUAAGUUUGAGAAUUAGCAACAGUAACCCUUAGGGAGUAAAAAAGCCCAGGUUCAGGCUUAAUCUAGGAAUAAUAAGUGGGAAAAGAAUGAUAAGCGUAGAGCCUUCUCCAACACAGUCUUUGGUUUGUAUACGAAAUCUAAAAUAACACAAGAACAUUAAAUCCUAUAGAGCCCAUACACUACUCCUACAUUUUAAAUUUAGUUUAUGAUUAAAAUAUUAUUUCUAAACAUAAAUGGAGGUAGACUUUAUUAGUUUUAUGGAUACUAAUUAAUAAUUUAAUAUCAUCUAACUUUAAUUAUUCUUCGAUUUAUAUUUUUAAUACCUUUUUAUUACACUAAAUUAACUAUAAAUGCAUUAAGAUAUUUAUAAUUCCACCUAAAAUAAGAAGAUGUUUAUAAAAACAAAGUUUGCAAGAAUUUGUAUUGA